AUGGCUGACACCUCCAAGUUGCAUCCUGCGACUACUGUCACCAAUAUCAAAUCAUGCAUCCAUAUUGUGCUUGACUACGAAGGAAGCCAAUACAAUAACUGGGCUACCCUCUUCAAGCUCCAUUGUCGUGCAAACUUGGUCAUUGACCACAUCCUACCUCUUGCCUCCCCUACCGUGCCACCACCGGCAACUGUAGCUAAAAAACUUGCUGCUAAGUCCCUAUGGGAACGGCUGGAUGACAUUGUUCGGCAAUGGAUAUAUGGUACGAUAUCGAAUGAUCUUCUCAACACGAUCAUUCAUCAAGAGGACACCGCAGCCGAAGCUUGGGACCGUCUUGUUCAUCUCUUUCAGGACAACAAAUCGGCUAGGGCUCUUGCUCUUGAUGCAAAAUUCACCAACACAAAAUUGGUGGAUUGUCCGAAUGUGAAAGCAUACUGUACCAGGCUGAAAGUUCUUGCAGACAAUCUCACCAACCACCGUACUCCUCUCCCAUCUUUUGACGUUGUCCGGUCGAUGCUUGAGCUUGAGGAGGAUAGCCAUGCCGAGGACGCCAUUCACGACUCCAGCUCGAAUGCUGCUCUUGUUUCCCACAAUGUUACUCCUCAGAAUUUCUCAGGAAAUGGACAGCCCAAUAACUCUGCAAAUAAUUUCAACAAUCGUGAAAAUUCGCAGAAUCGUGGAAAGAACAAUAACCGCGGUCGAAGCGGCGGCAACCGCAACAAUCGCGGUGGCAGCGGCAAUGGACAAAGCAGCGGUGGGGGCAGCCGCACCAAUGCAUAG